UAACCCCCCUAAAAGGUACAUAGAGCACUCACACCGACCUGUCAGUAAAGAGUUUAUUGAAUAGCAGCUACAUUUUCUCUGUCUUCGUCUGAGAAGAUCCAUUAUGACGUCGUGACGUGUUUCUUUCGUGGCCAUCGCUGUUAUCAUGUAUCCUGUUGAUCUGCCCCCUGUGGACGAAACCGAGCUGACAUCCGCAUCUGAAAAUUACCUAACUUCCCUGAAGGGAACACCUUCCAACAAUGAGUGGUCUGGGUCUCAAAGGGUUGCCAUAACACCUUCCAACAUCAGCCAGUUCCAGCUCUUUGAGGACGACCAUCCUGCCUGCACUGUGCUGGCGCUUCAUCCUCCUAAUGAUCAGACAUUAGUCUUGGCGUUAUACCUGCAUAAGCAGUGGUGGGGCCUGGACGAUGUGCUGCGGACCUCCACUUCCAGAAGUGGCUUACAGUCGGUGCAGACGAUAAUGGAGAGGCUGAUCAUAUUCCUGCUCAGUCGGGUGGUGGAGAGGCCCCCGUCGCAUGGAGAGGUGCUAUUCUCUCUGCACCCACGCACAGAAAACUGCAAAGUGCUUUGGAAGGACAACCAGGCGGUUGGAUUUUACACUGUCAAACACAAAGGCAGUCUGUGCGACCACUGGAGCAGCCGCUGCUACCUGCUGCCCGUCCUGGACACGGCCUUAGUGAGGAAAAGCUGCAGGAGAAGAGGCUUUGGCCUUCAGAUGCUUCACGACUUCUGCUCCUCAUUCUCUUCGGAGGACUUCCUUGGAGUGAGCUCCCCCUUGUCGUCCAGCAUGGUAGCAGUGAUCGGGAGGUUCCUGCAGCAGCAUGAGGAGCAUCGGGAGCGUCUGUAUGAAGUGGAGGCUCCAGGAGGCUGGACUCAGAGAAGAAACAUCUGGCUCAACAUCCAGCUUGGUCGCUACACACCUGAGCAGACUGGAGGAGCUUCCCUGAUCUCGGUUAGCAGCUGUAACUUGAACGCUCCCCAGAUAACGGCCUCUUUUCAGCUCUGUGAUGUGAAGCAGUGUGAACGUUCCCUGAGCCGUGAGAUCCUCAGAACAGGAUGUUGCUCUGCAGCCAACACUCAUGUUCUGGAUUUGAAAGCUCCCAGCAGGCCACAUAUUGUGGGGGAAAGGUUGAAACUGAAGAAUGCUUCAUCAAAUAAGACCAACAGAAACAAAAGGUCCAAAGGAGCCAGAAGGACAUUGAGAAAAAAACAUAAGCUGAGCUCAGAAAUGACCUGCUCAUACCCUCUGCGUGUAAAAUGACUUUCAGGCAUGAAAAUGAUCCGUUUUUUGCGUCUGGCGAAGAUUUAUUUUGCAGCAUUUCUCACCCAGUGAAACAAGGUAAAGGAUUUUAGCCUGUUUGGAGUUUGUCUGCUCCAGUUUCUGUUGAUCCAGGUAAACCUCUUU